CUUCCUGUCCGAAGAACGAGACGAAGAGGCGUGUCCUUGGUCGAAGUUUCUCCCAACUUUUACCAGGAUUUUUUCAGAGACUCGAAGGCGAUUUCGUGUGAGAUAUCUUUCAGAAGUUGUUCUGGAUUCUGUUAUCAUGGCGUCAACGAGCAGUAUGCAGCAUUUGGAGGAUGUCAGGAGGGGAUCUGGAGUGUGAUCUACCAACUCCAUUGUCAAGCAGAAAGGACGGGGAAAGGUGUCUGGUCGAUCAGGCAGAGGUGGGAAAAAAGUACACAAAUGUAAGACGUGCAGCAAGACGUUCAGCAUACGGAGUUUGCUGGUGAUUCACAUGCGGAGCCACACUGGGGAGAAACCUUAUAUGUGUGAGGAAUGCAGCAAGCAGUACAGUGUUCUUGGUAACCUGAAGGCUCACUUGAAGAAGACUCACAGGGGGGAGAGACCACACAAAUGUGGCGAGUGCAAGAAGGCAUUUAUGUGGCCGAAAGAGUUAAAGGCUCACAUGCGUUCCCACACGGGGGAGAAACCCUACAGGUGUGAGGUGUGCAGACAGCAGUUCAGUAUUCUGGGUAAUCUGACAGCUCAUAUGAAGACUCAUACUGGGGAGAAACCCCACAGGUGUGAGGAGUGCAACAGGCAGUUUACUUGGCCGAAGGAGCUGAAGGAACACUUGCGUAUCCACACAGGAGAGAAACCCUACAAGUGUGAGGAGUGCACUAAGCAGUUCAUGACACGGCGUAGUCUAAAAACUCACAUACGCACUCACACAGGAGAGAAACCCUACAAGUGUGAGGCAUGUGGCAAACAGUUCAGUACACUGGCUCAUUUGAUUAGACACAUGCGGACCCACACUGGGGAAAGGCCCUUCAGCUGUGAGGAGUGCAGCAGGCAGUUCAGUACGCCGGGUCAUCUGAAGUUCCACAUGAUGACUCACACAGGUGAGAAACCCUACAUGUGUGAGGACUGCGGCAGGCAGUUCAGUCGGUUGAGUAGAUUGAAAAUUCGCAUGCGGACUCACACAGGGGAAAAGCCCUACAAAUGUGAGAAGUGCAGCAGGCAAUUCAGACAGCAGUCUAAUCUGGUGGCACACAGGCGAAUCCACACAGGGGAAAAGCCUUACAAAUGUAAGGUGUGCAGCAGGCAGUUCGGUUUUGCAAAUUCCCUGAAAUUCCAUAUGCGGAGCCAUACAGGGGAAAAACCUUACAAGUGUGAGGAGUGCAGUAGGCAGUUUAGUCAGCUGGGUAAUAUGAAGAGACACAUGCAGACUCACACUGGAGGGAAGCCCUACAAGUGUGAGGAGUGCAGCAAGAAAUUCGGUCAAAUGAGCAGUCUGAAGAGACAUGCGCGGACUCACACAGGGGAGAAACCCUACAGGUGUGAGGAGUGCAGCAAGCAGUUCAGUCAGCUUAGUCAUGUGAAAUCCCACAUGCGGACUCACACGGGUGAGAAACCCUUCAGGUGUGAGGUGUGCAGUAGGCAGUUCAGUCAACUGAGUCGUUUGAAGUCCCACAUGCGGACUCACACAGGGGAGAAACCCUACAAGUGUGAGGAGUGCAGCAGGCAGUUCAGUUAUCUGCUUGCUUUGAAGGCUCACAAGCAGACUCACAUGGGAUAGAAACCCCACUGGUGUGAAAGCAAGAAGCAGUUCAUCAGUAAUCUGCUUUCCCUGAAGAGGCACAUGCAAACUCACAGUUGCCCCAGGAGAAACCUGAAGAUGUGAUAAGUGCAGCAAAUAGUAUCUUGACUCUUAUAUUUGAUUCCCU